UUUACUUAAAUGUAAAAGGAUGGAUGGGUUUAAAACAUUAAGAAAUAAUCAUCCUUAUGAAGGUAUUUAUGAAGAUGAAAAAUCUAAUCUUUUGGUGGUAAUUCUUGAUACAAAUCCUUUUGGAUGGGAGGAACUGUCAGAAUAUAUAUCUUUUGAUAGUGCAAUUAGGGAAUUACUUGUAUUUUUCAACGCACAUCUUUCAUUAAAUCAAAGCAAUGAUCUUGCUGUUCUUGCGUCUCAUAUAGAUUUUGUAGAAUAUUUAUAUCCUUCGGUUGAAGAAUUGUCUGAAGAAAAUAAAGAAAUAUCAGAGAAUGAAGAAGAAUCUAACAAAAGGCCUAAUUUAUACUGGCCUUUUUAUUUUAUGAAUAAACAAAUUAAAGAAAAUUUGAAAAAAUUAAUUGAUCGAAGUAAUAAACAAGAAGAUGGAUAUAUAACAUCUACGAUGCUAGGAGGAUCUUUAUGUAUGGCGCUGGCAUAUGUGAAUCGUUUUAUGCAAAAUAUUGAAGAAAAUAAAUUAAAAGCAAGAAUUUUUAUCAUAUCGGUGUCUAGUGAUAUUGCAUUUCAAUAUAUUCCUAUUAUGAAUUGUACUUUUAGUGCUCAAAAAAAAAAAAUUCCAAUUGAUGUAUGUAAAAUUGGAAAAGAUUCAGUGUUUUUGCAACAAGCAUCGGAUGCUACUAAAGGUAUUUAUCUUCAUCUUGAUAAACCUAAAAGCCUUUUACAGUAUUUAAUGAUGAUUUUUCUUCCAGAUCAAAAAGUUCGUCAACACCUUGUUUUACCUUUUCAACUUAAUGUAGAUUUCAGAGCAGCCUGUUUUUGUCACAAAAAAAUUGUAGAUAUAGGAUAUGUUUGUUCUGUAUGCUUAUCAAUUUUUUGUAUAAAAUAUCCAAAAUGUUUAAUAUGUGAUACUAUAUUUGACACAAAUAUGUCACAAAAAAAUAUUGAAAACCCUCCAUCUAAUACUUUUGAAACAUAUAUCUAGUUUAAAAUAUUAUACAAACGAUCUAGAGUUUCCAGAAUAAACGAAUGAAUUAGGUGAUUUUUCAUUUUCUGAAAUUUCUGCUUUGGAUUUAGUGUCGUUGGAAAACAUAUAUCCAACACCCUUUCAAUAGUAAAUAAAUUUAACAACAAUAUAUGUAAUAAACCAUCGAUGGUGUACAAUGGGCAAAAAGAAAGUCUAUUAUAUACGUAUUUUCUAAUGACUCAAUUUUUACGACAACUAAACCAGCAAAAGGAGUAUGUCCUCGAAUUGUUCGUGACGCUUUAUGUCAUUAAAAAUCAAAUUAUAUAAACAGACAAUAAUCAUUUACAUAGAAAAUCAUUUUUGAUGCAAUUUUUUACUGAUUUUAAUAAAUCUUCUC